AGCCUCCUUUGGCUCCCGGAGCCACUGAACCGAUCUCUAACCCGGAGCACAAGGGCGAGCGAGCGGAGGCCCGGAGCGCCAUGCUCCGGCCCUUGCUUUGGCUCCCAUGGCUCCCAUGGCUCGUCACGGGCUUCGACGAGACACAGCUGCUGCAGAGGGUCGCCAGCGCGUCGAGCGCGGCUCGGGGCUGCAGCAGCCCGCUGGUGAAGUACGCCAUGCCCAAAGCACCCAAGGAGCUUCGCAACCUCCGCUGGGUGCACUUUCCAAAGGCGGGCUGGAGCUUUGUCACCACCCUGUGGCAGUUCGCCUGCGGCCAGCGGGACGUCCUGGACCUCAGCCAGACCACCUUCAACCACAGCGAGUGGCCGAAGCUACCCUAUAAGGACGAGGUUGAAUUAUUCUGGCCGGACAGGAUUAUAAUGCACCGCUACCCUAGGGGCAGGUACUGCAACGACGAGGUCUUCGGCCACCAGAAUGUGCAGACGCUGCACAGUCCAGUGAGCCUCAAAGAAAUGGACCAGCGCAAGUGGCAAGUCAUUGCCAUGUUUCGGAAGCCUAGUCAACGGCUCCUCUCCGCCUUUUACUACAACGGUAUGUUUGCUCCUGGUAUUGGGCCUCGAUUGGCGGAGCUUCACGAGAAAUGCGACAGGCCUGCCUGCUUCGCGCGCUUUCCCGGCAUUGCGGGCUGUUACGCGCGCAUGCUGACCAAUUCGACCUGUGCAGAGCAGGAUGAGGAUAGUUUCGAUUCUGGCAAAGCACGGCUGCCGGAGGCACUGCAGGUGCUGCACGCGAUGUCCUUCGUGGGUCUGUCGGAGAAGUGGGAUCUGUCCAUUUGCCUCUUCCAUCGCAUGUUUGGCGGCAAGGUCAACAUUGGGCAGUUGCAAGACUUACACAAGGGUCCAGCGCACGAGGAGAGCUACAACGAGUCUUUGUUAGAAGGUUUCGAAGAUGAGGUGGACGAAGCCAUCUACCGCGCCGCGGUUGAGAAGUUCCAGGGGCUGCUGCGGGAGUACGUGGGCGACGACGCGGACAGAGAGUUGUUGGAAGCGCUGGAGACGGCCUGCGGGGAGAUCCUGAACCCGCCCUCGGAGACCUGCUCCUGCGCCAAGGUGGGCCGGGAGUGCGGCUUCGAUCCAGGCAUCGGCCUGGACUGCGGUGAGUGCCCUCGCGCGCGCCUGAGGGUGCUAGGCCUGGAUCCUGAUGAAACGGCCCUGGAAUGCAGUGCCGAGGGCAGGUGCAUCAUCGAAGAAGAAGAAGAAGGCCUCUUCCAGUGGUGAUCUUCGAAGCUUCGCAGCUCCGUCCCUUUCUGACAAGCCCUUGCCAGCCUCUUGCCUCUUGCCUGGCCUGUGAGGCCUUUUUCAAGGACGCUUUCCAAGGCGUGACACCAAAAAAAAAACCAGCAACUUAGCGGCCGAAAAAUGCCGCGCGAAGCGUGGUAGGGCAUUAUGGCGGCAAGGCAUACGCCAAGCUUGAUCACUUUGGGAAAUGAUG